AUUUAAACAAUGUCGCUCAUGAAGGAUCUGACAAUCGCGCAUCACAAAUCAUUAAAAGAAGAGCUUAAAUCAAAAGAGAACAAGGCUGUACUUGAGGAAGACAUCUGGUCCCUGUUUACUAUUUACAAUGAAAUGUUCUUCUUCGGCACACUUGGGACAACCCUGGUCGAAUGGAGUAACAGGAUGACAGAAUGUGCAGGGAUUUGUUACAAAAAGCAAGGGUAUUGUAUUAUUAGGCUUUCUAAGUAAACUCCUCAAAUUUCGGUCAAUCCAGGAACUCCAUGAGACCUUAUUACAUGAAAUGAUCCAUGCAUACCUUUUUACAGUUGAUCCGAACUACUCACGUACUGAUGACGGUCAUGGGGCUGAUUUUCAGAAAUUAAUGAAGGAAAUUAACAAAGCUACAGGGUAUAAUAUUACAAUUUAUCACAAGUUCCAUGAUGAAGUAGAGGCAACCAAGGAACACAUCUGGCUUUGUGAUGGUAUAUGACAGAAACAGAGACCCUUUUUCGGUCUGGUAAAAAGAGCAAGCAACAGAGCUCCAGGUCCUAAUGAUUUCUGGUGGGAACGACACAAGCAAACUUGUGGGGGCACUUACCAUAAAAUUCAUGAGCCUGAUAAAUAAAGAAAAGAAACCCAAGAAGCCCAAGAAACAGCAGAAGACAAAUCGAAAAAUAAAUGAUUAUUUUGGGAAGAAGAAAGUUGAAGAAACUAAACAGGAGAAUCCCACCAAAAAGCCAGAGUCUAAGACAAAGGCUAAACCUACUAAAGAGGAGACAAAGAAGGAUAAUGCUUGUAAUAAGGAGAUACAGAAAAGGAAAAGAACACCACCAAAGGAUAGCUUUGACCUAAGUGACCUGUUUUCUCCGCUUGAGUCUCAGAUGGAUCUUAUUAACACUCAGGAUCUUAUGUCUGAUUUUAGUCGGAAUUGUUCAGAGAAGAAGGAAGAGAGAAUUAAGGUUAAUAAGUUUAUACUAUUGAAUGAUAAGCAAGAAGGUUAA